CCUGCAGGGAAGGCACAGGGAUUGGGAUGGAUCCCAGGAACCAGGAAAACCCAACGAGCCGUGUGCUCUCUCUCCUGCCCAGUUCAGUCUCUUCCUUCCCCCUCAAAUCCACCCCAAUCCCCACGUGAGGAAAUCCAGGGAUGAGGGAGACGUGCAGUCCCAAGGAGCAGUGUCCAGGCAGAUUAUUCCUGGCCGUUCCCAGCUCCAUGGGCAGUUCUGAGCAGGUCUGGGCAUGUCCUGCUCAAGGGACGGGGAGAGGAGUGAGGAGACAGACAGGAAUUUUUGGACACGGGAGCAGGUGCCACCACCGCUCCACGGCCAUGCUGGACGUGCCCUUGCUGCCCUUCUGCGCCUUCCUAGGAACGCUGGGAUUGCUCUGCGUGGCCAUGGUGGGCACCUGGUGCCAGCACUGGCGCGGGGGCUUUUCCCUGGACGGCAGCUCCCGGACAUUCAACUGGCACCCGGUGCUGAUGGUGACGGGAUUGGUGGUGCUCUAUGGCGCAGCCGCCCUGGUUUACCGCAUUCCCAACACCUGGAGCGGCCCCAAGCUUCCCUGGAAGGUGCUGCACGGCAGCUUGGCUUUGGGAGCGUUCAUCCUGACCGUGCUGGGGCUGGCGGCCGUGUUCUGCUUCCAUAAUUCCCAAGGGACGCCCAACAUGUACUCGCUGCACAGCUGGAUGGGGCUGGGAACUGUCUUGCUCUUCUCCUGCCAGUGGGCGGCGGGUUUUGGAGCAUUCCUGCUUCCCUGGGCUCCCGCCUGGCUCCGGGCACUCUACAAGCCCAUCCAUGUUUUCUUCGGCUCCACCAUCCUCUUGUUGUCCGUGGCUUCCUGUGCGUCAGGAAUCAACGAGAAGCUUUUCUUCAGCCUGAAGAACGGGACCACGGCGUACAAGCUCCUGCCGGCUGAGGCUGUGUUUGCCAACACCCUGGGGCUCCUCAUCCUCAUUUUUGGGGUGCUGGUGGUGGCUGCCCUGGCCAGGCCCAGCUGGAAGCGCCCGGAUUCCGACUCCCCGGACUCCCGCCAGCCCCUGCUCUCCAGCGAGCGCUGAUCCCAGGGAUCUGCCAGCACUCCCAAGCUGCAUCCUUGUGCCUCCACGUGCCAGCUCCUGCCUGGAUCUCGGGCCAUGCCAAACCCCAGCGCUUCCCAGUGCCAUCCCUCAUUGCUGCAGCUGGAGCUGCCGGAGCCUCGCUGGGACGAAGAGGAGCAUCCGUAUCACUCCCACUCCAGAGGAUCCGGCUCAGGGUGGAGCCACUCAGGGAUCUCACGGACAUGGAAUAAAGCACUGGCUUCCGCAGGG